AGUGCAAAAGUAUGGCUGCUCAAACCGGGUUGUCACCACAGGCUCAUGUGAGGCGCAGCGAUGUCCCCGUUUUCCCCGCUGUGGCUCUGUCCGCGGAGGCCGCCCCGUUCACGCCGCUCCGUACGGACGGCUGGCAGCUCGGCUCACUGUCGGACGCCGAGAAACAGUUUUCCCGCUGCGCCGCGAGGCUCAGAGCCCUGCGAGCAGACUCGGACCAGCUCAGAGAGGAGCUCAACCUGCUGUUCGACCAGCUCCUUUCCGAAAACUACAACAAAACCUUCGAGCCCAGUAUCAACAUCCGACCAGAGGACGUGUGCAGUUUGUUGAAACACGUCAGUUGUCUUGUGCCACUGAGUCAAGAACAUCUAGUCAUCAAACUCUGCCAGCUGGUGCAUCAUCUGCUCAAUCAGCUAAAGGUGAUAAUGGAUGAGAAGACAUUGGAUGUGUUGGUGAACUAUACCGCCAGUGCGCUGAAAGUGUGCAGUACGUGGACACACUCGGAUAUCCUCCUGGCACUCUCCACAAUAGUGUAUGGGAAUGGACCUCAGUGCCACCAUCACCUCAGCAACUUGUUGGGUGAAGAUGGAGUCCUCCUGCUGUAUAGUUCCCCAUCUCAGGCAAAUUUGGAAUUACGCCGUGUUGCUCUUACCUGUAUGGCCAACAUCUGUCUCAGGAUCCCUGGUCAGCCACCUUUGGAUGAUCAAUACAGAAGUGUAUCUUUCAGCGUCUUCCUGAAAACACUGCAGUCACCCAGACCUCCCAACACCGAUGAGCUCUUCUACUGCAUGGUGAUCCAGGCAACACUGAAGGGACUCCAGUGUUGCCUCUCAGGUGGGAAGUGGAAGUUUGGUGGAGGAGAGGAGCUUGGGUCUGUACUGGCCUCACUUAAGAGACUCAUGUUCCAGGGAGUUCCUGGUGUGAGUGUCGAGUGGCCGCCUGUGCUUUACCCAGCGCCUCUUCCUCACUACGAGGGUCUCUCUGCACUGAAACCCACGGAACCACCAAAACCCUCAGAAGCACCAAAGGAUGCCGCUGUGCCAGGCAAGACCUCAGGGAAUAAAAAGAGGAAACCCAGAGGAAAGGGGAAGAAGAUGAGCACAGAGGAGAGCAGAGGGGACGAUGGAGAGGAAGAUGAACGAGAGGCAGUGUCUGCACUUGAGAAAGGGGGGAGAGAGGGAGGCAGAGUCGAGGGGGAGUCCUGGUCUAAACCCUCUGCCCCUUCUCUCUACCCCUCCUGGAAAAGAACCAGCUCUGACUCUGAGUUUUCCGACCCAGAAGGCAAUGCACAGAGUAAAUUAAGGCUUUACCACGGUCGGGUGCGUCAGGCAGCACUGCACUGUCUUCUAGCGGUGAUGAAAGGUGUAGAGAAGAGGACUCUGUACGGGUACUGGUCCUCCUUUAUCCCUGACUCUCCGAUUGGGGGACCGCCGCCUCUAACUCUUCUCACAAUUAUACUGAAGGACCCCUCGCCAAAGGUGCGUGCUAGCGCACUUCAGGUGUUGUCGGCCAUGCUGGAUGGCUCCCGUCAGUUCCUGGCCGUGGCUGAAGAUACGGCGUCUCCUCGUACAUCUUACACCCCUUUCUCCUUCUCGCUGGCCACUGCCGUCAGAGAACUGCACCGCUCUCUCAGUCUGGCUCUGCUGGCUGAGACCUCGCCUCAGACCCUCACACAGGUCAUAAAGUGUCUGGCCUACCUGGUGGCGAACGCUCCCUACCACCGUCUCAGACCUGGUCUGCUCGGCCCGCUCUGGAAGCAGCUGCGUCCCUAUGUGCGCCACAGAGACGUGAAUGUCCGAGUGUCAGUCUUGACACUUUAUGGGGCCCUGGUGACGACUCAGGCUCCUCUCCCUGAGGUGCAGCUCCUCCUCCGACAGCCGGAGGGCAGCAGUUCUGGCUCUUUCUCGCCGCAGGACUCUGCUCUCAGCUGGAGACAAAGAGACGGCGUGUCCUCGCCCUCUCAUGCACCAUUCACACCCUCCCAGCAGAGCUCACGCACACACUCCCCCCGCGUUCCCCGCACGCCGGUGGAGGAGGACAGCGCCCCGCCAUGGCUGCUGCAGCUGUGUGUGUUGCUGGUGACUCAGCCCAGAGAGGACCAAUCAGAUGGCGAGGGAGCGGGGACAGGAGAAGGCGCCGCUUUAGAGCCCUCCCCUGUCCGACUAGAAGCUCUACAGGUCAUGUCCCACCUGGUGCGUGGGUAUUUCUCUCUAGCCCAAGCAUGUCUGUGUGAGAUCGGGCACGUGAGCGCUCGCUGUCUCGGGGAGACAGACCCCUCCAUACAACUGCACGGAGCAAAGUUACUAGAGGAGUUGGGGACAGGAAUAAUCCAGCAGUACAGAGCAGAGAACAACGUGCCAGAGAGCUCACAAGUCCCUAUGAGUCAAGUGGUGCUGUUUUGGUCAGAAGUCUUGAGUGGUCCGCUGAACGGAGCACUGCAGAACGAACAGCAUCCCACGCUGCAGACGAGCGCCUGCGACACGCUCUCCACCAUCCUGCCACAGGCCUUCGCACAGCUGCCCGACAAGACCCAGCUGAUGUGCAUCACCAUGCUGCUGGGGCUUACCUACAGUGAAAACUAUCUGGUGAAGACUGCAGCUGUCAGGGCGUUGGGAGUCUACAUACUGUUCCCCUGUCUGAGAGAGGAUGUGAUGUUCGUGGCAGACACAGCAAACACUAUCCUUGCUGCCCUAGAUGAUCGCUCUCCAAAUGUCCGUGCCAAGGCUGCCUGGUCCCUAGGCAACCUCACAGACACUCUUAUAGUUAACAUGGAGAGUGUAGGUGUGGACUUCCAAGAAGAGUUAUCAGACAUGCUGCUGCUCAAGAUGUUGCAGGCAGCCACCCGAGCAUCGGCCGACAAAGACAGAGUGAAGUCUAACGCAGUGCGUGCACUCGGGAAUCUGCUUCAUUUCCUGCGUCACAGUCAGCUGACCCGGUCUGCGUUCCAGCGCCCGCUGGAAGACGCAGUCCGUGCUCUGGUUAAAACUGUCCAAUCAGAAGCCACUAUGAAGGUCCGAUGGAAUGCUUGCUAUGCAUUGGGAAAUGCUUUCAGAAACCCUGCCCUGCCGCUCAACUCGGCCCCGUGGUCUAGCGAUGCGUUCUCCUCUCUCUGCCAUGUCGUCACUUCCUGUAAGAACUUCAAGGUGCGGAUCAAGUCUGCCGCUGCCCUGGCAGUCCCCGCCCACCGCGGCUGCUACGGGGACACGAAGCGCUUCAGCUGCGUGUGGCGUUCCCUGGCCACGGCCCUGGAGAACAGCGAAGACACAAACGACUUCUUAGAGUACCGCUAUAGUGCCAGCCUGCGACACACACUCUCACAAGCUCUCCUACACCUGCUCAGCGUCAGCCAGUCACAGGACAUGCCUGCACUCGGGGCAUCGCUGGCCGGGGAGGAGGGGAGGGGCAUCAAAGAGCAUUUGAUCAAAUAUCUCAGAGCAGAGGAUGGAGGAGGAGAGGGGGCACAGGGAGAGAAAGACACAGGGGGGGAUGGUUUCACCCCUCAGCAGAGAAUCGGAGGUCUGCAGCAGACCCUGAUCAGACUGAAGGUGUUGAAGGCUGAAGAGGAGGGACGGGGAGAGGAGGAGAGAGGUAAAGAGGUGGUGGUGGUGGUUAAUUUCCUGGAGGAUUUGUUAAGGACCUGUGAAGAGCUGUAAGGAGUCUCUUUCCAGCUGCAGCGGUGGCUUUCAGAAAACUAAGAUCACACUGGUCUUUAAGGUUGAACAGAUCAGAGCGAGCUGACAGUCGGAGAAGAAACAUCCAACCACAAACUAACUGAUGACCAGAGGCAAAGAUUCUGUAACCAGCUUUGCCAUAAUGUAAUCUAAGGACAUCACAAGGAACCACAAGACUGCCUUGAAAUUCUCAAGGCCAUCUAGGAUUAUGUACAUUAAUACAUUUUGAAGCUGGCAGUGCUUUUUUAUAUCUUUUUAUCUGUCAAAUUACACUUGCACUCUUCUGUGGAUUAACUUGUGAUAAACAAUGACAUGUAGAGAAAUUACAUUUUGAGAACAAAUGUAUAGACCAACCAAAUUAAUAUUAGAGCUGGUUGAUAAUUUAUCAUUUAAUGACUGUUCAGUGUAUUCAUAUUGUGUCGACAUCAACAUAUUGUAUCAUUGUUUAACAAAUUAAGUUAAUUAUUUAUUGUUUUACAUUUGUGGAGAGUUAUGUCUGAGGUGAUGCAUAACAGUGGAACAUGGUUGAUUGCAUUGUACAUGAAUUUGAUUGUUUUGUCAUUUACAAAAAUCUGCCAUAUCGAGACAUAUGUUGAUGUUUGAAAAAUAUUUUUUAAAACAUUAGUGAUAUUGCCCAGCCAUAAUUCAGAUUAUGAGGUACACUACUUUGUCUGUGUCAACACAGCAAUCAUGACGCUGACUGGACUGACAAACUGGACAUCUGCACAGUGUGGUAGAUGUUCAAAACAAUAAAUACAGUAAUUUCCCACA